CGUCUUAAACCUUGACUACCUCGUUUUCGUGCUUUUCCCUUCUCUUUUCAUCCCACGCAAUCGAAUCAGAGGGCAAGAGCAAUGGUCUGGUUUCAGUGUGAAGAUUGUGGAGAGAACUUGAAGAAACCUAAAUUACCUAAUCACUUCAGAAUUUGCUCAGCCACCAAGCUAUCAUGCAUUGACUGCGGAGAGAUGUUCGGCCAGGAAAGCGUUCAGGGCCAUACUCAAUGUAUUACUGAGGCGGAAAAAUAUGGUCCCAAGGGUCAAGGGAAAGCUUCAAAUGGUGCGACUCCUAAACCCAGUAAGAACACAAAGCAACAACCUGAUAUUGAUAUAAAUGUUGGGUUAUCUGAACGCCCUCCUUGGUUUUGUAGUCUCUGCAAUACCCAGGCUACUAGUAAGCAGACCUUGCUGCUCCAUGCUGAUGGAAAGAAGCACCGUGCAAAGGCCAAGGCAUUUCAUGCGAAGCAGCAACAAAUUAAGCAGACGGAAGAAUCUGCUCAAGAUAAAACUGUCAUGAGUGAAAACGCUACAAAUGGUGAAGUGCCUGAAAAUACACAAGUAGAGGAACCAAAAGGGGAGGAUAUGCCAAAACGUGACAGAGCAAGUGCCAACUCAGAAACAGAGACCGGAAAGCUGCAAUCCAAAAAGAGAAAACUUGAUGAAUUUGGGAGUGAUAGUACUGGGAAAAAGACUGGUAGUGAUGCUACAGGCAAAAUAGGCAAUGGUGUGACUCAAGUUGAGAGAGCCAAAACAGAGAAAUUGGAGAGUCUGUUAAAGCAAACUAAACAGAAUGGGCUUAAAGAUGAUAAGGUGGUAGAAUGUGGCUCGAAGAACAAGAUGAAGUUGAAGAGAUUGAUCAAAUCAGCAUUGAGAACUAAUCCAGAAGGGGUUUUGAAGAUGAAGAAGCUGAAAAAACUUGUACUGAAUUCUCUUGGGGAAUCUGGCAUAACAGAAGAUGAAACUCAACUCAGUGGUAUGCUUGAGCACAAGAUAAAUUCAAGUUCGAGGUUCAAAGUUGAUGGCAAAUAUGUCUGGCUGGUGGCUAAAGAUUGAAAUGGAAGUGAACACUUUGAUAGUGUAGUAUGAGAAUGUGCUAGUAGACAACACAAAGUUUUGGGGUUAACAGUCGAGUUGAGUUGGCCGGUUGUCGUUUUUGGACCAUCAAUUUUGGGGAUCGGUUGUCGUUUGUGCUAUUCUUCAGUUUCACUGCCGCCUCAUUUUCGCACCAGUAGUACCGGUGAGAAGGUUUAAAGAGAAUCAGCAGCUUUUUCUUCUUCUUCUUCUCUCUCUCGCUCACCUCUUUUUUUAUUUAAAUUAAUUAACUAUAAGUCUUGGUGGUUUUUAUUCUCAAUUUAGAUUUUUUUGAUAUGAGGGCAGGAUUGUAAUACACUUUUACUAUCUAAAGAAAGAUGCGCAUUCCGACGUGUUUUCCGGC